CGCAGCAACAAUGGACCUCGAAAAGUCGCAAUCUGAGAGAGUGAAAGUAAACCGGUCGCUGAUAGCAUUUGAGUUGAGCUCUGCACCUCUGUCGACGUGGAAGCGUUCGUCUGAUUCUGAUUGCAAGUCAAUUUGACAAUCAACUGCUAGCUCUGGCUAAUCGUGAGCCUUUUGUUUAUCGCUUCUAGAUUAUGAACAAAUAUCAAAGGUUAAUUGCGUGCUAGUAGAGCCACAGGUGCUGACGGGCCACGAAUUGACCUAUGUAUACAAUUUCUCCCUUUUGCAGCGAGAGAGUCCUCGAAAAAGGCGACGCCGAGAUGCAGUUCCCCCGCAACGGAAAGCUUUUGUGGAAUUUGACAAAGAGCUCGCUGGCGCAGCAGUCUCAAAAUGCGAUUGCCAAAAGGCUGCUGCCCGCCAGCUACAGCACCGCCGUGAAAGAUGCGCCAUCGGAUCAGCCCAACCUGCUGAAGUACCAUGUUCUGCCGCUGGAAGAGACCCUGAAUCGCUUUAUGGCCACUGUUGAGCCCUUGCUGACUGCCGAGGAGCUGGAACAGCAAAAGGAGAUCACUGCUCAGUUCUUGAAGAACCAAGGACGCGAUUUGCAGCAGCUUCUGGAGGCAACCGGCAGUAAGGAGAAGAACUGGCUGGCCCACCGCUGGCUGAAGGCUGCCUACCUGCAGUACCGAUCGCCAGUCACUGUCUUUGUCAGUCCGGGCAUGACCUUCCCCAAACAAAACUUCAAAGACUCACGCGCUUUUGUGGACUACACGGCCCGAGUUAUCUUCGGGUUGGGUGAGUUCAAUGACAUGGUCCAUGCCGGCAAAAUUCCUAUUGUUAAAAUGGGCAAGGACGAGCUGGACAACAGUCAGUUUGGCAAAGUAUUUGGCACAUGCCGCAUACCAAGAAGGGGCACCGACGAGAUCGUCUACAACCCAAGCUCCGAUUAUGUAGUGGUGAUCUACAGGAAUCAUUUCUACCAACUGCAAAUAUAUAACAAGCAGGGUAAGCUUAUUGCUGCUCCAUGUCUAGCCGCUCAGCUGGAGAACAUCAUGUCGAAGGAAACAAAAGUUGGAGUUCCCUAUGGUAUUUUGACCACCGACUCGAGAGACAACUGGGCCGAAGCCUAUGAACAUCUUUCGGAAACACCCAGUAACAGGGAUGCCUUGAAAACCAUUCAGAGUGCUCUCUUCACCGUCUCACUGGACGAGGGUACCACCUUGAAGCAAGGCGAGGAGGUCGACGAACUAAUUCUAUCGCUGAUCCACGGUAGUGGCAGCAAGGUCAACAGCGGCAAUCGCUGGAUGGACAAGACCAUUCAGCUGGUGGUGAACCCAAAUGGCAACGUGGGAUUCACCUACGAGCACUCGCCUGCUGAGGGCCAGCCCAUUGCAAUGAUGAUGGACUAUGUGGUGCAGAAGAUGAAGGAAGAUCCCAACUUCGGGCAAAACGGGUCGGAGGACUUUACACCCGCACAGAAAUUACAGAUUUCAUCAGCUAAUAAAAGCGUUGAGCAAUCUUUGACCGUGGCGCAGAAAAACGUUGAUCAACUUGCCGAAGCGCUGCAAAUGAAAGUUCUCAAGUUCGACGGUUUUGGAAAGGAUUUCAUAAAAAAACAACGUCUGGGACCGGACAGUUUUGUUCAGAUAGCGUUGCAGCUUGCUUUCUUUAAAAUGCACGCGGAGCCAGCUGCGCAAUAUGAAUCGGCACACUUGCGCAUAUUCGAUGGCGGGCGAACUGAAACUAUACGGUCGUGCUCCAAUGAGUCAUUGGCCUUCUGCCGCGCCAUGCAGGAUACGAAUGCCACAGACCAGGAACGGGCUGAUAAACUUCGUGCGGCAAUAACGUCUCACCAGAUGUACACUAAAUUGGCUCUUCAAGGGAAAGGAGUCGAUCGUCACCUGCUUGGACUGAAGCUGAUGGCUCUGGAGAAUCGCCAACCUGUUCCCGAGUUCUAUUCAUCGCCAGGCUUCGUGAAGUCCAGUCACUUCCGCAUGUCCACCUCGCAGGUAGCCACCAAGUAUGAAGCUUUCAUGGGAUAUGGACCGGCUACUGACGAUGGAUAUGCUUGCUGCUAUAAUCCUCGUGAACACGACAUUAUUUUGGCCAUAUCUGCUUGGCGCCAUUGUCCAAUAACAGAUCAUCUGAAGUUCGCUAAUACCCUUGAGGAAUCCUUUUCUCAGAUGAAGGAUGUUCUUGAAAAUGGUUCUGGUCCGGUUAAAUCUAAACUGUAAAUGUCACAGAAUAAUGAAUUUUUGCAAUAACUGAUUAAAAUUUUGACGACUAA